AUGCUCGAUGACUUAGGCAAGCACGCGCCCAGGCUCAGCGGCUUGCUGCACAAGACCGGCCAGGCGACGGAACUACUCCGGGGGGACGCAGAAAAGGCAAAGUCGCAGGCGGUAACUCCGCAGUCUUGGCUUAUCGAGCUUUAUCAGGAGGCUGCCAAGCAUGCGGCGGCGGUUUCGGACGCGUUGAUGGAAAUCAGGCAUAGCGCGGCAGCAAAGGCUGCGCUUGCUUCCGAAGUGUCCGCCAUCGGAGUGUCGGCAGAUGCUGCGAGAACAGCGGCGCAAACGGCCAGCGACGCGCCGACGCAGUCUGCCGGUAGCGCUACAAGCACGCGCCCCGUCGCCAGUCAAGAUGGUGGGCGUUUUUGUGCAGUCUUGAACCAGAACCAGAGCAAUAAGGCCAACGACCACGAACGGCUCAGACUGGACUACGGUCCUAUAUGAAAGUAUAAUAAUCAGCGCCGACGGAUUUAGAGAAUUGGCUGAACAGGAAAGCAAGUAAAGUUUUGCACGUAACUGCAAGUGCAACGUAAGUACGACAACGCAAAUAAACGACGUAGGUAAUUUGCAAAGAAAACCUGGCUAAUCACGUGGGCAAAGUGAUCAGUUGGUCCGCGCAUUCCAAACACAUGGCUCCCACGUCGCGACGAAGACAGCCAGCUUCGUUUACGUACCUACUUGCUUCGGCUUGCAAUCCCCUUCAUCAUGACAAAAACUGGCUCCUUUUGUAGAUGAGUACUUUCCUCACAAAUUCUGACUGGCUACGUCGCUGCAAACCGUGAUGGAAAAUUGAUUGGUGCCGG